AUGUCUGCUGGGACAUAUUUCUUGUCCACAACCAGCCUAGUCCCUAGUCGUUCUCUCUUGAUCUGUUGUCCGCGCGAAGUCUGGGAGAGAGCGGGCGAGUAUCUGUCGGUGACGUCAAGUGACGUCACAGCUCAUGGUAGAGUCCAGGAAUGACCGAGCCGAAAAUGCCUGGGGACUAGGCUGGAACGGAUUAUAAACUUUGCCAUGCGUUAGAAAUGAGAGGUUUUCAAAUAGCUAAUUUUUCAUCUAUUUUCUUGAUCAGAUUUACUAUUAUUCAGAAGCGCAGACUACCCAUACCACAUACCCUGAUGGACUAGAAGUGCUUCAAUUUCCCAGGUCUGUAUGUAAAAUUUAAUCUCUUGAAAUCCUCAUUCACCAUUUUUUCAGUAUAUCUUCUCGUUGAACACCAGGUUUCUAAAAGUACCAUCCACUUUGAUUCUCUGUCAUUCAGCAAACAGGUUGAGAAGCACUACCGUGAAGGAACAAAGGAGAUAAUAUUUCCUGAUCAGACCAUUAAGUACCUGUACCCAAAUGGAGCGGAAGAAUGCGUGUUUAGUGACGGUAUCAUACAAAAGGUUAACGUGGAAGGAGAGAGAACUAUUGAAUUCCCAAAUGGACAACGGGAAACUCACACCAAGUGCUGUAAAGUAAGUAGAGACACACCAUUUUGUACUUUGUGCCUUGUGUUGUUCGAGUUCUUACAGUGGCUUUCCUAGUUUCAUCCCGCGGCGUGUCUCGCUGCGGGACCCGGGGUGUCACAACUUGAUUAUGAUUCUGACGUCCCAAGGUCUCAAUUCAGUUUGAAAAGUAAACAAGAAACAAAUGUGUAAAAAAAGCUAGCGAUCUUCUGCAUCUAAGGUAGACCUUUUUAAAAGGUGUCUCCUUUCCUCGAUGCCUGAGAUUUCCAGCGAAAACAGGUUAAGCUACCCUGCGAACAGAGGUUUCUCUCUUGCAUGGCUUUUAUCGUUUACGAAGUCGCUCGCGUGGCUUGUCUGUGGCGUGGUUAGUUUGUUUACUCCCCGUGAGUUUCUCUCUCCUUGCCAAAUACCGGCCCUUUAUUUUCCCAUGUCUCUCACUAACUUACAGAUUAGCUCAUUUACACAAUACAGACAACCUUGCAUAUUUUAGUUCGAGGUUAAGUGUAACACAGGCUUUGUGAAAUCCCAUCUUUGCUUAUUCACUUCAGCACUUCGUGGAGUAAAAUGGUGUCUUGAAUAAAACUUUUAUAAAAAUAGUUAUUGGAUUGGUUAAAUACCCUCCCAAUGGGCUGUGAUUGAAAAAAUACAAAAGGAAUACUCGAAUAUCUACCUUAGCCUGUGCACAGACCCCCUUCUCUGAUUUUUCCUGAGAGGAGGGGUGGGGGGGUCUUUACACAGGCUAUAUCUACCUCGGAAGUUGGGUGAAAGGUAUUACCAUGUUGCUUCACUUCUAGAAAAGUCAGGCGUAAAGAUGUUUGUUCAGAUUGCAUGUCCUAGAGUUCAAAAGUGUUGCUCUCUCUGCGUGACGUGUUUUUUGUCCAUAUUUAGAAACGAGAGUACCCUGACGGGACAGUAAAGACAGUCUAUCCCGAUGGUCGAACAGAGACCCGAUAUUCUACGGGACGUGUGCGGGUCAAGGAUCGGGAUGGUCGGGUUAUAGUGGACUCUUCGAACCAACUGAGAUGAUAGCCGCUAUUUUGCAAAGACAUUAAAAAAAUUGUGGAUGUAUAUGAGAGUUAUUAAAAGCGAAGUGAUACUUAUGUACUACGCUCUACUGACACCGGCGAUGCAGCAGUAUUCCCUUCGGAUGCUUCCAGUAGGCAAAAUGGUAACCUAUUUUGCCUUAUUCUGACUCCUUCUGACAAGAACACUUGUCAAAUAAAAUAAAAUGGUUCCUUUACUGAAUAAAAAAAAAAAUUCCUUAUUUAAAAUCGUGGGUCUUCAGUUUAUUUUUUGUUAGCUAUCGUUUGGUUGCUAUUCUGGUAUUAUGUUGUUUGACAAUUCGCGUGCAGCGUUAAUCAUAACGAUAAAUUAUUUUAUUUACUUAUUCAUGCAUUUAUUCCGAACAACCUUAAAAGCUGUCGAGUCGACUGCUUAACUGCCCUAUGGCUUUGUUCACAUGGUACCCGACGAAUUUUCGACCGCCGGGUUGAAAAGUCGACCUUUUUAGUUGUUCAGUUUACACCAAACCACGCUAACCGUCUGAAAAUUCAAAAGCCUAGCCAUCCAAACAUUGGGACGCCAAAGUCGAGGUCAAGUAUUUAGGCGGUACGGUCGAAAAUUUGACCAGCGUGGUGUGAAACCACGACCGUCUCAAUUUUGCAAGGUAAAGGGGUCGCACUGAAAGACGUGAUUGCAUGGAUGGGGAGCGGGAAGGAAGGGGGGGAAAACUCUGUUAGGAGACGUCAUUGUGGAUUUCCUCAAGAAGAUAGUAAACAACUGAAAAAAGUUUAAAUUCAACCUGGGUCGACAGUUCCAUGUGAACGAAAAUUCGCCAGGUGCCCUAUAAACGUAGUCUAUUUUAAAAGCAACUUUAUAACAAUUUGCAUCUCAAAUUGAUAGUACUUCUUCAAAUGCCAUUUGUCUUACGCUGAAAAGGACGAAGAACGAAAAAAAGUGUGCUACCAUGAAUCUACUUCUGCGAACUGAUCAAUAAGAAAAGCUGGCUCUGUUGUCGUUCUGACAACAAAAUGCCGGUUAGUNGAGACGUCAUUGUGGAUUUCCUCAAGAAGAUAGUAAACAACUGAAAAAAGUUUAAAUUCAACCUGGGUCGACAGUUCCAUGUGAACGAAAAUUCGCCAGGUGCCCUAUAAACGUAGUCUAUUUUAAAAGCAACUUUAUAACAAUUUGCAUCUCAAAUUGAUAGUACUUCUUCAAAUGCCAUUUGUCUUACGCUGAAAAGGACGAAGAACGAAAAAAAGUGUGCUACCAUGAAUCUACUUCUGCGAACUGAUCAAUAAGAAAAGCUGGCUCUGUUGUCGUUCUGACAACAAAAUGCCGGUUAGUGAAGUUUUGUUUUCUUUUUUCGCCUUUCGACGCGGUUUCUUUUAUUUAAAUUCUUACUGAUUCUUUCGAUCAAACUUCCAUUGAUUUAUUACUCGUAACACCUCUUCAUCUCUGAGGAAAAGGUGCAAAUUAUAGAAUAAAUAAAUUACGAUGCUGUUGUCAUAAACGUAUUUCACUGAAAGAUCUAUGUUCCAAAAUUAUCCGGCAACGUAAAGAAAUUUUUCGUUAUCUUAUCCUUAACUUUCUUUGGGUAAUACGUUAAUUUUGGAACCCGAUCAGCUUGUGUCCCUCGCAGCCUUUAUUUGUACCAGACACAAAGAACGGUUGCGAACAAGACUAACUGAAGUUCCGCUUGGAAUUUAUCGCAAAAUAUUUUUCGCCUUUCGCUUUGAAAUUGCACCUCUCUUUCAGUAUGUAUUAAAGGCAACUCCUGUUUUACUAACGUUUUGAAAACAGUUCACAUUGUGAAUUAUGAUUUUUGAUUCGUUUGAUUUCCUUAAUUUUUCAUACUUUAAUAAUCUGUUCAAAUCUCUUUACCAAACUCUUUUUUGAACUUUCUCUCCAAACUUUUGAGCUAGCUGUUGAAAGGCAAGCACCACAUCGUCGUUUCGAGGUCCCCACUCCUGAAGUGAACAACUGAAAAACACAACAUUUAUUUGAAAACUGAUUUUUGAAAUUAAAAAAAGUUUUGUAAGUUUAAUCCAUCUCAAACGAUGAUAUGUAAAAAAAGCGCAAGCACAGAACACUGAGGCCCACAAGUGGCAUGGCCAUGAAACAGCGACAAAGGACAGCUGAAAUGGCGACAAACGACACAAAGAUAAGUUAAAACUGCGACAGCGACAAAGAAAAGUGCAAAUACAAUGAUACUUGGCUUCUUCUUCAAUACAUUGUACGCGUAGCGACGAGUUUUGAAAUUCAGACUAUGCUGGAAAUACGUACCCCACCCCCUCCCCCCCAAGAGAGUCUCACAAUUUUUUUUUCUUUCUUUCCCUUUUGGCGGACCUGUAUAGCUGUAACUCGCUAUUAAACCGCCAAAGAACCCAUGUAAUGCAUAUAGGUAAACAGGAAAGAAGAUACUGGAUUUUCGUUUCGGGUGACUUGUUUCAUAGGCAUGUCCUCCGAUGUGUCCUUACUUGACCACAGUGAACCACGUUCAGUCAAAAUGUUUCGGCUAAGAAUGGCGCAGAGAGUAGAAGUCUCGCCCAAUGUAAGGGAUUUCUGGAAUCUGGAGUCCAGGGAAAUUUUGUUUGUGGAAUCCGGAAAACAGUUCAAGGAGUCCGAAUCCCAGUAACGAUUGGAAUCCAGAAUCCAAGUAUCAAAGACUGGAAUACAGUACCUGGAAUCUGCGGCGUGGAAGCCAGAAUACAAGAAUGUCUUAG